UUUUUUUUUAUUUAAUUAGUUCCAGAAAGCGACACCAAUUACAAACAAUCUGUUACAUUUCCCUUCAGUGCGUCGGUGUUUAAUUUAAAAGUAUUCAAUCUAAUAUUUUACUCCACGGUUGUUGAUCUGCGCUGCUGUUUUAAAACUUUACAUCUCCCCCUCCUCUAAACAACACACAGCUCUGUGUGAUUCGGUUGGUUGCGCGAGCUGCGCUCUGAUUGGCCGCCGGCUCCUGAUUGUCAUGCUGCCAAUCUACAUCACAUGGUCCGGCCUAUUAACAGAUGAGCUUGGCGAACAAGUUUACAGACUUCUGUUUCAGAGCCGUGGGGGACAGAUCAGCUUUGAGCGGACCAACGCCAGAGGUUCCGGCAGACGACACAUUUACCUCUUUGGGCAGAACUUUUUUUCGCCUUCUUAUGAGACCGGUCAGUACCUCUACCUCUUUCACGUCCGGCGCUAUUUUGUGAACUUUUUUUUAUGUGCCUGUGAGUGAACUCUAAAAGCCGCCUGAAUGUAUAACAUGAUGGAAACCGAGAUCAAGACCCCGCUCCCGCAGUCCAACUCGGGCUCGGCGCCGGGCGCAAAGAACAACAGCGCCAGCGACCAGGAGCGCGUGAAGCGGCCGAUGAACGCGUUCAUGGUGUGGUCGCGCGGGCAGCGGCGGAAGAUGGCACAGGAGAACCCCAAAAUGCACAACUCCGAAAUCAGCAAGCGGCUCGGCGCCGACUGGAAACUUCUGACCGACGCCGAAAAGCGGCCGUUCAUCGACGAGGCCAAGCGGCUGCGCGCCAUGCACAUGAAGGAGCAUCCGGAUUAUAAAUACCGUCCCCGCAGGAAGACCAAGACUUUGCUCAAGAAAGACAAGUACUCUUUGCCCGGAGGUCUGCUGGCGCCUGGAGCCAACGCCGUCAACAACUCGGUGUCGGUGGGCCAGCGGAUGGACGGUUACGCGCACAUGAACGGCUGGACGAACAGCGCGUACUCCCUCAUGCAGGACCAGCUGGCCUACCCGCAGCAUCACGGCAUGAACAGCCCGCAGAUCCCGCAGAUGCACCGGUACGAGAUGGCGGGGCUCCAGUACCCCAUGAUGUCGUCGGCGCAGACCUACAUGAACGCGGCGUCCACGUACAGCAUGUCCCCGGCGUACACGCAGCAGAGCACCAACGCCAUGGGCCUGAGCUCCAUGGCGUCCGUGUGCAAGACCGAGCCGAGCUCGCCGCCGCCGGCGAUCACGUCCCACUCUCAGCGGGCGUGUUUGGGGGACCUGCGGGAUAUGAUAAGCAUGUACCUGCCUCCCGGCGGGGACAGCGCGGAGCAUUCCUCCCUCCAGAGCAGCCGGUUACACAGCGUCCAUCCGCAUUAUCAGACCGCAGGGACGGGCGUCAAUGGGACGCUACCGCUCACUCACAUCUGAGAGCAACAGACUUGAAACUUUAAAAAAAAAAAAAAAAGUACUUGGAUACUUGAACAUUUUUGGUUGCUAAAGAUGCAGCGUUCAGCAGUUCGGUUCUUAGACGAUUUUAUCUCACUGUCUUGGGUUUGUCCAUUUUAAACGAAGUCUUUUUAAAUGGACCGAAAGCUGAAAGUGACCGCUGAGCCCUUCAGAAUAAACUGCGCUACAAAGAGUAUAAGCAAUCAACUUUAAUUGUAGAAGAAUUGGACUUCUAUAUUUUAAAUAAUGCCAUAUUUUCAUUCUAUGAAAAGGCAUGUGGCCUCGUGAAGAGGCUGGUGUAUUUCAGAAAAGCUGGAUGGAAAGUUGCUUCAUAAAUGUUUACACCUAAUUUGUAGAAUGUCAGUUGUCUCGACUGUGUCCAAAUUUUGUAGUUUUUUUUCUCCCUCUGCCCCUCAUGACUUAGGUUAAAAUGAAACGUUAAGACUGUGCGGGUCGCAAACGCAAGUUUUAUUUAUAGUAAGUUUCUUUUUAGCUUGUGAACCCGAUGUUUUGUCACGUGAAAAAUGUUCAAUUUUUGUUUUUGUAAAAUAUUCUGUUUUGUGAUGGUUUUGACAGUGUCAUGUUUACUCAUUUUCCUGAACGAAAUGUUUAUUUAAACUGACGUUUCUACAUAUUUUAAGACCAUCCUCUAUUCUUAAAUGCUGAAUAAAUUUGUACGAAAACAAGA